CGCGAUGUGGUGGGACUGAUACGCUCAAUCGCAGUCAAGGCCCGCUCGUCUGCUCAGCGCAAGCAGCUGUUCCUCAACAUCCAGUCCGACGCUGGGAUUGCACACCCUAAGCGUCUACUUAUGGAUAUGCCCGUUCGUUGGUCGUCGACGUACACAAUGCUCCAUCGGGCAGAAGAACUGCGCGAGCAUGUGGAUACAUUUGUCUCGGAGAUGGCACGCGCUGAGAAAGACAAGAGGAAGCGCCGAAAACUCGAUGACCUGCAGCUAACCUCCGACGAGUGGACUCGAGUCAAGCAGUGCCUUGACCUUCUCGCUCAUGCCGACAAUGCACAGCAAGCAUUCUCGUCUGAUCGGGGGCCGAGUCUCCAUCUAGCACUCCCCGCUCUCGAAGCGCUGCAGCGCGCAUGGAUCUCACGAGCCAGCAAAUCUAAGUAUGCCGAGUUUAGCUCAGCUCUUGAAGCUGGAUGCAGCAAGAUCAAGGACUACUAUGAGAAGACAGCCGAGGCGCAAGUGUACACGUUCGCUCUUCUACUUAACCCCGAGAGCAAGGCUCAAUUUGUCUCAAAGUCGUGGGGAAAGGAGCUGCUCGCUGACGUACUAGCACAGGCGGAGGAGACGGAACGCUACCUGGAGAUGUAUCCCGAGAGCACCGCACCACGUGCAUCUGGUCGAAGAUGGGCAGGUUCUUCACGCAAGCUUGGCACGCUCUUGCGUGAAGUAUCAGACGACGAGUCAAGUGGAGACGAAGACAGCAACGGCGCAGCCUCAGAUGCGGAUGAAGACGCGGGUAAACCGUGGCGCGCUGACUUCCAGGGCUAUCUGAGGUCACGCGAUUCCCUCGGCACACUCGCAAUUGUCGAGUGGUGGGGUAGAAAUGCGCAUCGCUACCCAGUAUGGGCGUCGCUUGCGCGUGACUUCUUGUCCGUCAUGGCCGCAUCCGUCUCAAGUGAGCGCGCCUUUUCGGCCGCUGGUAUCACCAUCGACAAGCGCCGCAAUCGACUCAAUGCGGACAUCGUGGAGGCCCUCCAAUGCCUCAAGAGCUUGCUCUAUCAGCAAUUGCUGUUCCCUGAGCUCCCCUCCUCACUCGUCGAG